AGUGGACGCCUUGCGCCGGGACCAGGGGCAGAUGCUGAAAAAGUUCAAGAACAUGCUGGAGGACCCGACUGCCAUGCUGACAGCCUCUGGAGAGCACGCGAAGUCCUUGAAGAAAUGGAAGGAUCGCAUCGUUCGGCGUUUGCGUGCGGAACGGCUUGGUACUGGCGAGACGGAGCUGGUGGCCCUCAUCCUCGCAGCACUUCGCGGUGAUCGUUUGAAUCCUGAGGACGUCCUGAUGUUGCAGAACCGCGAGAGGUAUAUGGAUGCCGUCGAGGCUGCGAUCUCCCGGGGGUGCUGUGUGACAUGCAGCGAGUUUUGUGCCGUGCAACGCCAGGAACGCCGCAGCACCGUGGUGUUGGGAUUGAUGGAGAUGCCUCCGGCCUCACGAUGGAUGCAACACACGGACAUCAACGCCUUGUUGUCCUCGCCCUUCGAUCUCAUGCAACGGAUCUUGGGUGGAAAUGCAGAGAGGGACUCUAUCUACGACACUGGACCUGAGGUGCCGACCAUGCGAAAUAUGCCAUACGUCAUGGCUGUGGAACACAUCACGGAGAUCUGCAAUGAUAGCGAAAUGUCUUUCAACAGCGAUGGUGCCGUGUCUCUCUUCAUCAAGCUCUACUCUCUCUUUACACAGUCAUUGGGUGUAAAAUUGCCACGCGCAGUGAAUCCUGUGCAUCAGCACACCUUCGCCACCUUAUCCUUGGCACUGGCCGGUGGAGGGCGCAACCAUGGUAUGCUGCAGUCCCUGCUACACAUCUGUCGCCGGAGCCGCAAGGUGUGCGAAUGUCUACCACGCCUGGACCGGCCUCGCCGCGUAGUCUUUGUGCGGCAGUGGAAGGCCAAGUUGAUUGCUGUCCACAGGAAGCUCAUGGCGCUGGCCCAGCAGCCUGAGAUCCAGCUGGCCACAGCCGGGGAGGCUGAGGCGGAGGAUGCUAUGGGUAUCCGACCGGAUGAAGAGGAGGUGCCAGUUCUCCAGUCUAUUGGCGAUGAACAUGGUGGUUUAUGUCCUCAUCUCGUCUUCGCGCCAUCGUUGGGAGAAUCUGAGGACGGCCAGACCAUCCGAUGGGCGGAGUUCCCGCUGGGCCCGCCUUUUUUCGAGACUCCAGAACACAAGGACCUGCAAUGUGGGGAACGGGUUCUCAUGGCGCUGCAAAGUGCUGUUGCUACCGGUGGUGGUGGAAAGAGCACUGGCUGGGGCUGGGGUGGCAGUGCUGCCCUCAAGGCCAUCUCUGGCGAUGCCCCGCUGCGCACCAGUGACCAAGAUCUACAAGCCUUGGCGAAGCAACCCAUGCAGGAGGUCAUUGAUCUCGGGCACAUCAUUCGAGAGGUGCCGGACAACCUACCCACAGGCAACCUACCCUUCGACAUUUCUGCUCACCCUGCUGUUCGACAUACUGUUGCCCGUCGCUUGCUGGAUCGUAUGGAAGCUGAGAUGCUCCGUUUCUCAGAGAUGCAGAAGAAGACUCCGGCGCCCAAAGUGAAGGAGUUGAGUGAGGUGCUCGUUACGAAGGUUCAGCGCAUCUGCAAGCACCUCGGUGGACCGGAUCUUCCAGCUUUUCAGCAAGAGACUUGGCUCUCCAUCUCUGGAUUUUUGUAUCAAAGGCAUGGUGGCGACGACUACAUCGGGGAGGAAGUCUCUCAACUGGAACAUGCUUUGCAGGCAGCAGAUCUCGCCCAGAGGUCUGGUCUUGGAGCGGACGCAACCAUUGCAGCUUUGCUCCAUGACGUUGGGCAUUUGAUAGGCAUGGAGGAUCCUUCCAGUGCUCGGAUGGAGGAUUGUGGUGUGGUGGACCAUGAGAAGUUAGGAGGUCAAUGGCUGGCGGAGCUGGGUUUCUCUCAGCAGGUCUGCGAUUUAGUUGCAAGACAUGUGGAUGGUAAACGCUAUCUUUGUGCAGUCAAGAAAGACUACCAUGAUACCCUGAGCCCGGCCUCAAAGACAACUCUGAGACAUCAGGGAGGCCCAAUGACGAUAGAGGAGGCGAAAGGCUUCGAAAAGGAGGAGCUCCAUAAGACCAUCGUGGCCAUGCGCCACUGGGACGAAGCCGCCAAAGUCAAGGGCAAAGAGGUCCCGACGCACACCCUUUCAGUCUUCCUGCCAGAAUCGCACCUCGGAAAGGAGCGCCGCAGUCGCGCAGAGGUUGCCGUAGAUGCUGGAUUGAUCCGCAUCCAUUCAGAGACAUCCAUCUUGGAGCAGCUCAUGAGCCUUUCAUCGAGCAGCUCACACAAGAUGGGUGAGGGAUGGCACUCCAGCGCCAGUUCCACUACUGCUUCAUCGCCGCCGCCACAGCUGCUUGCAUCAAUGGCCUCAACGCGUCAUUCAGCCUGGGAGACCACCGGAAAUGACACGCCGCCAGCAGGUGGUGAUCGCACUCGAGACUUUAGUGGAGGGGCUGCUGUGGUGGAUGCCUUGAGUUCAGUAGUUGCUGGCCAUGAAGUGCACAAAGGAAUAUCCACACCGGAUGAAAAGAAAGAAGAGGCCCCAAAAGUCGAGGAGGAGCCGCACGAAGAGGUCCGUGAGCGUCGACGGACGACCGCACCACGCGGCAAACUGCCGGCUCUCUCCAGCGCAACUUCGCCACUGAGCAGCGGAAAGGAGCUUUUGCCCCCGCUGCGUGGUGUGGGGUUGGGAAGCAGUUUGGGUUCCCGCAGCGGCGGCAGUGCGGUCUCCGGGAUCCAUACUCCUGAAGAGGAGGUAUCGCUGGGUGAGCAGUCCGGCGGAGCUUUGAGCGAACCAUUGGAUGAGGUUGACCGGCAACUUGCCAGAUUAAAUCGGCCAACUGUCGGCAGAGUAGGCUUGGCUGCCGCUGCCGGGCCCUCUGUGCGGAAGAGGCCCGAUGGCCCUGAGGCUGCCACUGGUGCUGGUGAUUCAGCAUCAGACGAGUCUGGCUCAGGCGACAUUGAGCUGACGGGCAAUCGAGGCAAUGUUGGCAACAGCAGCUCAGGAAGCUCCUUGGCGGGUGGGCCUGUACGAGCUUUACCCUCUGAAGGUAGCGCCCAGGAUGACGGAUUGGAGGAAGUGGAGGAAUCCAUUGAGGAACUAUACAGCGGCGAGAUGGAAGCCUAUUCAGAGGGCAGUGGGGUCGGUGUCGGCGAUGAGUUUUGAGAGGCGCCCAGAGCGCAGAAAGGUGCAGAGACAGGUUGGCGACCUCGCCCAGUUGCUGAGGUCCAAUUGUAACGCUAUGAGCGGACUGGGCAAUACUCUGAGUCACUAUGCCGCCAUGUUCACUAUGC